AUGCCGAGGGGUAGAUCCUCAUCGUCAUCAAGCAAAUGGAGGUAUUGUAAUCCGUCGUAUUAUCUCAAAAGACCCAAACGUUUAGCUUCACUUUUCAUUGUUUUUGUUUGCGCCUCUUUCUUCGUUUGGGAUCGUCAGACUCUCGUUAGAGAACACGAGGUGGAAAUUUCGAGAUUAAGCGAGGAAGUGAAUCAGUUAAAAAAUAUGUUGGAAGAGUUAAAGAGUGGUGAUGGAGAUGCUGUUAAGUUGAUUAGUGGCAAGAAGGAUUUACCUGACGAACCUAUUGAUGUUGAGAGAAGGCAGAAAGUGAAAGAAGCUAUGAUCCAUGCUUGGAGUUCUUAUGAGAAGUAUGCGUGGGGCCAUGAUGAACUUCAACCGCAAUCAAAGAAAGGUAUUGACAGCUUUGGUGGUCUUGGAGCAACUCUAAUAGAUGCUCUUGACACAUUAUUUAUUAUGGGUUUAGAUGAGCAGUUCCAAAGAGCCAGAGAUUGGGUUGCGAAAUCAUUGGAUUUUAACAAGGAUUACGAUGCGAGCGUGUUUGAGACAACAAUAAGAGUUGUAGGUGGACUUCUUAGUGCGUAUGAUCUUUCAGGGGAUAAAGUGUUUCUUGAAAAGGCCAGGGAAAUUGCUGAUAGAUUGCUACCUGCAUGGGAUACGCCUACUGGAAUUCCUUACAACACCAUUAACUUGGCACAUGGAAAUGCGCAUAACCCAGGAUGGACUGGUGGUGACAGUAUUCUUGCUGAUUCUGGCACAGAGCAGCUUGAAUUCAUUGCUCUUUCUCAAAGGACAGGAGACCUGAAGUAUCAGCUGAAGGCAGAGAAUGUUAUAUCAGAGCUUAAUAAAACUUUCCCUGAUGAUGGUUUGCUUCCAAUCUAUAUUAGUCCUGAGAGAGGGACUGGAUCAUACUCGACCAUAACUUUCGGGGCAAUGGGUGACAGCUUUUAUGAAUAUUUGCUCAAAGUUUGGAUUCAAGGGAACAAAACUUCAGCUGUGAGAAAAUAUAGAGAAAUGUGGGAGAAAUCAAUGAAAGGUCUCUUAAGCUUGGUUCGGAAGACAACACCAUCAUCUUUCACAUACAUUUGUGAGAAGAAUGGAGACUCACUGUCAGACAAGAUGGAUGAAUUAGCAUGCUUUGCUCCAGGAAUGCUGGCUUUAGGAUCAUCUGGUUAUGGUCCUGCUGACGCUCAGAAAAUCUUUUCACUCGCUGAAGAGCUUGCUUGGACUUGUUACAACUUCUACCAAUCAACACCUACAAAAUUGGCUGGGGAGAAUUAUUUUUUUCGUCCUGGGGAGGACAUGAGUGUGGGUACAUCUUGGAACAUAUUGAGACCAGAAACAGUUGAAUCACUCUUUUACCUGUGGCGUUUAACGGGCAACAGGACUUAUCGAGAAUGGGGUUGGAAUAUAUUCCAAGCAUUUGAAAAGAACUCACGCAUCGAAACAGGCUAUGUUGGACUAAAGGAUGUAAAUACUGGUGUCAAAGACGAUAUGAUGCAAAGCUUCUUUUUGGCCGAGACUCUAAAGUAUUUGUAUCUUCUUUUCUCUCCGUCUUCAGAAAUCUCAUUAGAUGAGUGGGUUUUCAACACAGAAGCCCACCCUCUAAGAAUCGUGACACGACAUGAUGGAGAACAUAUUGAAAAAUCAAAGAAUAGACAAACAGGUAGGGCACGAGGCAGGAAAGUAGGGCAUUUCGGGAAUGGCAGGACUUUGAUCACCCUUGAAGCGAACCAAAGUCCUGGCAGGGAGGAAGGAGAGAAUGUUGAUGACGAUAUCUUUGGAAGAACAUAUGGCCGCCUCCGCGCUCUGGCUCACAAACUGGAUCCGAAUGCUCUUAAAUGCAAACCAAACAAAACCUGUGAUGAUAGAUGGGGUUUUGAUGUAAUUGGCAGUACAGUGAACGUUCCCAAGACAAAGAAGACUUACUGCAAGAACAAGGAGUGCAAAAAGCACACUCUGCACAAGGUCACCCAAUACAAGAAGGGGAAGGACAGCCUUGCUGCUCAAGGAAAGCGCCGUUAUGAUCGCAAACAGUCAGGUUAUGGAGGUCAGACCAAGCCUGUUUUCCACAAGAAGGCUAAAACUACCAAGAAGAUUGUCUUGAGGUUGCAAUGCCAGAGCUGCAAGCACGUAUCUCAGCACCCCAUCAAGAGGUGCAAGCACUUUGAGAUUGGUGGAGAUAAGAAGGGCAAGGGGACAUCACUGUUUUAA